GAGCGAGAAAAAUAACCAAUCGCAUCACUCGUAUCUUCUCGCGUCAAAGACAGCUGUCCAUGUCCACCCAUUCUGUUGCUGUCUUUUCAAUUUGAACAUUUGCGUUUAUUCCUUAUUUUCGGAGCUUAAUCAACGCAAACGAAUAUAUCACUUAUGGCCGCCUACAAGCUGGUGUUGAUCCGUCACGGAGAGAGCAACUGGAACCAGGAUAAUCGAUUCUGCGGCUGGUUUGACGCAGAUCUGAGUGAGACUGGAGAACGGGAGGCGAGGAGAGGAGGACAGGCCCUGAAAGAUGCUGGCUAUGAGUUUGACUUGUGCUACACCUCAGUCCUAAAGAGGGCCAUCCGCACUUUGUGGCUGUGUCUGGACAGCAUUGACCAGAUGUGGCUUCCCGUCCACCGGACCUGGCGCCUCAACGAGCGCCACUACGGUGGCCUGACGGGAUUAAACAAGUCGGAGACUGCCGCCAAGCACGGAGAGGCUCAGGUGAAGAUCUGGAGGCGGAGCUUCGAUAUCCCUCCUCCCACUAUGGAUCCGGACCACGACUUCUACACCGUCAUCAGCAAGGACCGUCGUUAUGGCGACCUGUCGGAGGAGCAGCUUCCAUCCUGUGAGAGCCUGAAGGAUACCAUCGCCCGGGCACUGCCCUACUGGAACAACGAGAUUGUCCCCCAGAUCAAACAGGGCAAGAGGGUUCUCAUUGCUGCCCACGGCAACAGUCUCAGGGGCAUUGUCAUGCACCUGGAGGGUAUGUCAGAGGAGGCAAUCAUGGAGCUGAACCUGCCCACAGGCAUCCCCAUCCUGUACGAGCUGGACAAGAACCUGAAGCCCGUCAAACCCAUGCAGUUCCUGGGGGAUGAGGAGACUGUCAGGAAGGCUAUGGAGGCCGUGGCAGCCCAGGGCAAAGCCAAAAAGUAGAGGGAGAGAGAGGGGGCACUUUGUGUAUCGUGCAGUAGGAAGUUGCACUUAUCUAGGAUCAGAUUUUAGCCUCCCACCAAUUCCCAACCUUUCAUUAGGAAGGAAGCAUGUAUAACUGACCCUAGAUCAUUCUCUGUGGGAAGCUUAAUUCUACUCCAUGUGGCUCAGAGUAGGGGUAAAGGGAUAUGGGUCAGAGUAGAGGGUCAACAAUACUACAGCUCUCAAAGGAGCUCUCACACACUCUAAGAAUGUGUGUUCAUAUUCAACUCUACUGUGCAUAGAAUGUUUUCAAAAAUGAUUAUAAAGUAACUAAUAAGUUAGUAUAAGUGGAUAUUUAUUGACCAAGCUACUUAUAUGGGGACCACUGACUAUCAAAUCACACAGUCAUCAUUCCACUGACUUAUUACUGUUUCUGUAUGUCCAACAAAAGUGUUUCCCCAGUUUGACGAUGGAUCACUGAGAUUACGAAUGUGGUGAUGAAGCCUCAUUUAUUUGAAUAGUUGGUCUUGCGUUAUUAUACUUCCAAGUUUCUCUAGAAAAUAGUAUAUAUUUAGAUGUUAAAGAAUCAUUUUUGCACUUAAACAUGUAAACAGUCAUGUGAUUUCUACCCAAAGAAAACAACAACAAAAAAAUAGCCAAAUUAAUAAACAGUUAAAACCACAAAAGGGAGAAAUAAUUCAUAUUUGCACAACACACACAAUUGUACUGGUUCUUCACUUUUUGUUUUCCUCUGCCCUGUCUGUGGUUGCGCGAUUCACUAUAUAACCACAUCAGAAGUUGGACGACAGUGUCCAUCUCCUCUUAAGGAUUCGCCCCUUUUUUCCCCCAUAUUUUCGCCUAGAAUGACAUACCCAAAUCUAACUGCCUGUAGCUCAGGACAUGAAGCAAGGACAUGCAUAUUCUUUAUACCAUUUGAAAAUAAACACUUUGACGUUUGUGGAAAUUAAUGUAGGAAUAUAAUACAUUAGAUCUGGUAAAAUAUAAUACAAAGAAAAAAAAACAUGCUUUUUCAAAAAAUGUUGUUUCAUCUUUGAAAUGCAAGAGAGGCCAUUCAUUAUAUGACUUAGGAGUCUAGGUACAAUUCAGAUUUUGGCCACUAGAUGGCAGCAGUGUGUGCGUGACGUUUUAGACUGAUCCAAUGCACCAUUGUAUUACUGUUCAAAAUGUCUUCCCAAAUGUGCCUAAUUGGUUUAUUGAUACAUUUAAGUACAUAACUGUGCACUCUCCUCAAUAGCAUGGUAUUAUUUCACUGUAAUAGCUAAUGUAAAUUGGACAGUGCAGUUAGAUUAACAAGAAUUAAAGUUUUCUACCCAUAUAAGACAUGUCUAUGUCCUGGAAAGUUUGCUUUUACUUACAACUGUCAUGCUAAUCACAUUAGUGCACAUUAGCUCAACUGUCCCGGUAUAGGGACACUGGUCCUGUAGAGGUUUUUAAGAGCUGUGGCAGAGACCAAAUAGCUCUUUCUCCCAUGCCCCUUUCCCUUGAUGUUGCUUCUGUGUGUCAUGUAUUUUCACAAUUCACUGUAAAACCAUAUCAGAAGUUGACUGAAUACCUUUCCUAGCCUUGGAUGGUGCUUCUAUGUGCAUGUACUGCUGUUUGUAACAUGUUUAUCCAUCCCAUUUCCUCUUGAGUAGUGUGUCCCAUUGAUACUGUUUUGUCAGUGGGAUCAAACGUUUGGUACCUGCACUGUCGGUCUGUUUCUGCUUUAGAUGUAGAUAGAAAUAGAUUGCACGUAACAGACCAACUCACUUCUUCCACGUCCAAGCGAGCUGAUUCGUAUAUACGUUUAAUUUCUAUCUUCAACUUUGUGAGCAUUCCACAAUCUAUGAGUAGGCCCAUACUAAGUUUAUCUUAACCACCCUGUCUGCUGCUAGAACCACUCUUCUACUCUGAAAAAGAUGUGUUAAUUUUAUAUUUGGUGGGAUAACUUCACGUUUGCCUUUUCUGUUUGUAACACCUCUAAGUGGGAAAACUACAAUGCAAGUACCCAUUCCUAUAGGAUAUGCCUGUUCUAUCCUUCCCCAGCCGUUCCCAAGACAUUCUCCUUUGACAUUGUUGCCAAUCUUCUGACUGAAAGGAAAAUCCUUUAAUAAAAGGUUAUUUAGUGUUAAACUUCAUUGUAAUGCACUGUUUCUGAAGCCUGUGCUGAACCAAUAAAUGUGUGGAAAAAUAA